AUGCGCACUGCAAUAAAUUCAACGGUUUCCGCCUACCGCACUUUCAACACAUUAAUCUUAGUUCUGUUGGGAUUGAUCAUUGGUCAAUGUUCCGGUCUUACGACGCUUGGAGACAUCCUGGAAACCCAUCACGAUAAUUUUCCUGCGCUGGCGAAGAAAGUAGAGUCGGAGGUAUUCCAAAACACUUGGAGUUGUGCGCCAUUGAAUGAAUUGAGUCGUGCCAUACGCAUCGAACGCGAUGGCUUCAAUGGAUGUCAAAUUCAUAAUCACCAAGCGUCAAAAGCAACACUGUUUUUAGGAGACCUGCAAAGCGGAGUGUUGGAUCCUAUACAAGUGUCUUCAGAGCGUCAAUUCAUUGGAUUCAAUCGGCCAGAAGAUGCAAACGCUCUUCAUGAUAGUAUCUCUGAUCUCAGGGGGCUCGUCAAAAUUCUUAUGGAGAAAGUUCAAAAUAACGUCAUUAAACAGCCACCGGACCUCAAAGAAUCGGCGGGGACUGGUCUUCUCGGAAACGCUGAGGAUGGUGACCUGGCAGCCUCAAAUUUCUUGAAGACAACCGAAGUGCUCGCGAAAAUCUUGCAGACACCAGCAACCACAUGUGGACAGGACGCUCUCCGCACGAAACUGGCACGUAUCCAUUUGAACGGCGUCCUUGUCCAAUUUCUUAUCAUCUUUGAAAGGCACAACGUUGCUUCUACAAAGUGGUUCGAAAAUCUAUUGAACAAGGGAAAAGGUGUUCAAAUCAUAUUCAACUACCUUGCGCGCAGGUUUCCAGGGCUGAGAGAUAACAUCAACGCCCCUAAUGCUUAUUUGAUCACCGACUUCAAGAAAGCCCUUCAAGAAAGCCCUUUCACUGCAGAACUCAAAGAGCUCUUCCAACACUUCAAACAUUCCGACUGGCACCAGCUAGAGCGCUUACAGAUAGUAAGCCAGAUAGAUGCGUUCGAUCCUUUCUUCAAAGCGGUGGGAUCCCGGAGUGGGCCUGAAUUUCGAACGGAAUUCAUGCGACUCACAAAGCCUACCCUGUUGAACUAUGUGGGUGAAGACCUGUAUCAGCCGUUGAUCAGAACCUUGUCGUCGAGCCUGGUGAAACAGAUUGGCCGCAUCACCAAGCUGUCCAGGAAUAUCAACGAUUCGGCUCCGAUCACUCCGAGCUUGUUGCCGAGCCUGGUGAGACAGAUCGGCCGCAUCAGCCCAUUCGGGGAGAACCGCAGAUCGCCUCCGCUCACUCAGAUCUUGUCCUUGAAGACUUUACACGGUAUGGUACGAUUCUUGGGACGAUAUCACACAACACGGGCGGACCAGGGGGAGGGGGCGAUUGCAGCUCUUGGAUGGAGCAAGUUUGAUGCUUCAGAGUUCCAAAAGCUUGAUGAAGCAAUCACAUUAUUUUCGGAUGCAAUCAAAUUAGUCUACUUCGAGUAUGGCCAGACCUUGAAAGAACUUGUAGGCUCGAUCUAUGAAAUCGACGAAAAUAUCCCAAUAAUUUACUUGAUGGACAUCAACAACAGCGAGCAGCUCUUGCCGAAUGAAAUCGCAAUCAGAACGAAUCUUAACCAGUCUCCUCAGCUUCCCCUAUUUCAACCAAUUAUUCUUAACAUUCUGAAACGUCUCGAAGCUUCCACAAAAAUAUUCGAUGCACGUGACCGGCUCAUUGUACUGCGUGGCAUUCUUCUCCAUCCUGAGAAUACAGACAAACUUGUCUAA